AUGGUACCAGCGGCUGGCAGCAAGAAGCGGAGCAAUCCCGAAGGCAAUGAAGCGCCUGACGACUGUUCCCCUUCUCCACCGCUCGCCGGAGAAGCGAAGGCUGGGGGCGGACCGCGGGGAAAGGCCAAGAAGCGCUCUGAGGACGACACUGGACCUAUUACGAUCGAGGGGGCUAUGCCUCAGAAGCGCUUUUACCGGGCCAGGGCGCACGUCAACCCUCUUUCGCACAACGACUGCUACGAAUACCCCAAGACUCCCAAGGAGAUGGAUUGGUCCGUUCACUACCCGAACCGCCCAGGGCUCAAGGUCAGCAUAGUGGACGUCGGGUGCGGGUUCGGGGGGCUGACGGUAGCGUUGUCCCCGCUCUUCCCAGACAAGGGGGUGCUUGGAAUGGAGAUUCGGGUCAAGGUGUGCGAGUUCGUGAGACUACGCGUCGAGGCCCUCCGGCGGGAAAACCCAGGCCAAUACCAGAACGUCUCCUCCCUCAGGACCAACUCGAUGCUCCUUCUUCCGCAUUUCUUGGAGAGACAUCAGCUGGAGAAGAUGUUCUUCUGCUUCCCGGACCCGCAUUUCAAGGCAAAAAACCACAGGCGGAGAAUUAUUAGUGUCCCGUUGCUGACGGAGUACGCCUUCUACCUCCGGCCCGGCGGCCUUCUGUAUAUGAUCACAGACGUGGAGGAGCUGCACCAGUGGCACGUGGAGAAAGCGGAGGCACAUCCUUGCUUCGAGGCCGUUCCGCGAGGAGAGGCGGAGAAGGACCCGGCUGUCAAGGCGAUGACGGAGGUAACCGAGGAGGGCAAGAAGGUUGCCAGGAUGGGGGGAGACAAGUACUGGGCCGUAUUCAGGAGGAUUCCAGACGAAGACGUGCCCUACACGAUUUUCUGA